AGAGGAGAGAGAAUGGGAGGGAGAGAAUCUAGAGAGAGACAGGGAGAGGGAGGGUUCUAGAGAGAGAGAGGGAGAGAAAGAAGGAAGCAACCUCAAAAGGAUGGGCCAGAUCGUGAGGAAGAAGAAGAAGGGACGUCCAUCGAAGGCAGAUCUCGCGGCGCGGCUCAACGCGGCCGGCGGCGACGAGGAGAAGGAACUCCGGCGGAGCGGCCGGCGGCGAAAUGUCAGGUACACUUUCGACAUCGACGAUUUCCUCGACGAGGAGUAUUUUUUGGAGGAUGAGGAGGACGAGAGGCGGAGGGAGAAGAAGCUGGAGCUUUUGCUCAAGCUCCAGGGUAAGGAUAACGAUGGCGAGGACGAGUUGACUCCGAGUCGAACUCGGCGCGUGUCUCACGCUCCCGCCGCGUCAGCUUCCUCCUCCGACUACGAUGACGACGGGAAACCGUCGAAGAAAAGGAAAAUCCACGGCGAUGACGAGGAAUUCGAAGAAAAUGACGAUGAUAACGAAAAUGACGACGAGGUACGAGGAAGAAAAGCAGAGUCCAGAGGCGUUGAAUCUUCUCCAGGGACGCCAUUGGAGCGGCCGUCUGGGGUUGCGUUACCAGAUAAGAAGACGCUAGAAUUGAUUCUCGACAAGCUUCAGAAGAAAGAUAUUUAUGGUGUGUAUGCGGAACCGGUUGAUCCUGAAGAGCUUCCUGAUUAUCAUGAUGUGAUUAAACAUCCAAUGGACUUUGCAACUGUGAGGAACAAACUGAGAAAUGGAUCGUAUGCAAGGUUGGAACUGUUCGAGAGUGAUGUCCUUUUGAUUUGCUCAAAUGCGAUGCAAUACAAUGCACCUGAUACAAUAUAUUAUAAACAGGCUCGUUCAAUUCAAGAAUUAGCUACCAAGAAAUUUCAGAAAUUACGAUCCAGAGCUGAACAUACAGAAAAGGAGGUCAAGUCAGACCAGAAGCCAAAAUCCAGUGCUGUUGUGAAAAAGCUUAUAAAGAAGCCUAUAGGCCGGAUGCAGGAACCUGUUGGGUCUGAUUUCUCAUCUGGUGCAACCCUUGCAAAUGCUGGAGGAGGUAUACAGAGUGGUUCAAAUGCCUGUCCAGGCACCUCUGGCAGACCCGGCAGCAUUGAUUGGCCUAUUGAGGGAAAUUCUUUCUUGACUGACAACUUGGACAAGGAAGAAUUACAUUCAGGGAAGGGCCCUAUUUGUAGAUUUGGAAGAAAAUCAGCUCUACAAGAUGAGAAUCGCCGUGCAACUUUUACCGUAUCAUCUCAAUCUGCCUCAAGUUCAGAUUCUGUGUUUUCAACUUUUGAGGGAGAAAGAAAGGAUCUGAUUCCUGUGGGGCUCUAUGCUGAUCAUUCCUAUGCUAGGAGCCUGGCUCGUUUUGCUGCAACACUUGGGCCAAUUGCCUGGGAAUUUGCAUCGAGGAGGAUUGAGCAAGCACUGCCUCCUGCGUUCAAAUUUGGUCGCGGAUGGAUCGGGGAGUAUGAACCACUUCCAACCCCAGUGUUGAUGCUCAAGAACUAUACUCUCAAGGAACCAUCUUUUCUGGCGAAAUUUAGGCAGAAAAUUGAUGUUCACAAGGAGGAUAAGAUGGAACCUAAGAAGAAUCUGGUUUCUGUGAAGGAUAACCCUGUUGCAAGGCCCACCAUUGAAGGGAAACAGCACUAUGUUGUUGGUUCAGCUGGAUCAAAACCUACUGCAAAUAAUACCAAUAUCUCAAAUACUGCUAAGGAGCAGCAGCAUAAUGGUGAUGCUAACAUUGAAAGCAAACCAUUUUUCCUUUGUGCUUCUGGAAACAAACCUCCUAAUUCUGCUAGUCCCAAAUACCAUGCUCAAAAUUUUCACUCCCAAAAUUUCAUUGAAUCUGAGAAGAAGCAUUUGAAGCAGGAUGAAAUAAAUGCUCAACCACUAGCUACCAACCAAAGCAGUGCUGAACAGAGUAAGGUAACUAGUAGCAUUGUAGUUCCUAGUCCAAGGUCAGUCAAGAUGGCUCCAAAUAACAGAAAUCCUUUGUCUUCUGUGUGUUCUGAACAACUGAAUAUCAAUGGGUUUUCUGCCGGCGGACUGCCUAAUGCAAUGGGUUUGAGUAAUGGUAAUGGGGCUGCUCGUGGUUUUGCUAAUAAUGGGAACAAAGCUGCAACUUUAUUUCCUCAUGGACAAGAGCAGGGCCUUGGUAAUCCUAUCCAUAUGAUGAGGAUGCUUGAGAAGUCUCAAAACCAACAACAUAAGUCUUCACAGCAGUCCAGAGUUGAUUCAUCUCCAGUUUCCCCUGCUACUCCUACGCGAAGAGGAGAUGAUUCAAACAAUGCUGCUGCAGCUGCUGCUCGAGCAUGGAUGUCGAUAGGGGCAGGAGGUUUUAAACAGGCUAGUGACAACACAGGCACCAACAACAGUCAAAUAUCUGCUGAAUCCUUAUAUAAUUCCUCCCGUGAUCACCAACCACAGAAUUUACAAUAUCGUGGAGAAUUUCCUGCAUCUGGGAUGCAUUUCCAGCCUGGUAAGGGCAGUUUUCCCUUCAACGCCUUUGUGCCCCCCCAUAUGUCUAGAGCAGGAAUUGAAGCUCAGAUACCAAACCGACCAAUGGUUUUCCCACAAUUAGUAGCUGCCGACUUGUCUAGGUUCCAGGUGCCUUCUCCUCGGCAUAAUCUCAAUACACCUGCUCAGCCUAGACCAAAACAGGAAUCACUUCCUCCUGACUUGAACAUUAGUUUUCAGUCUUCUGGGUCUCCCGGCAGACCAUCUUCGGGUGUUUUGGUCGAUUCUCAGCAGCCAGACCUUGCCUUGCAACUGUGAGUUUUGAAGAUGGGAUUACUACAAUUUGGCCAUUUGAAGUGAUCUGAAGCUCCAUCUUUUCCAUGAAUCCGUGCCGGGCAUUCCAUUUCUCCUGUUUGCUGUUCUUUCACGACACACCAUAUUGUGUAAAGGUAUGCCCAAGCUUAUCGGAAAAAACAUCCAGUAUUUAGUCCAAGGUUGGAAUAGGUAAUACAACAGGCCACCUCUUCUAAAAAGGAUUGCACCCCAAUCACGAGAAGAGAAGCUCGAAAUCUAGUAGGAUAGCCAAGUUUCAGGGAGAAAUGUUGUAAUAAUAUUGUAGCUGUGUAGGACUGUAGGUCAUUAUCUGGUCACCCACAAAUGGAAUUAGCAUUCUUGUACAUUGAUCAAAGGAAGAUUGCUUUUAGAUUUUUGCUGUUUUCAUGCCCCAUGCAAUCGCAUUUCCUUUCUCGUA